AUUCAUAGCUGCUGCCACUCCUAGAAUUCUGUCGUCUUCUGGCAUGGUGUCGUUUCUGAAUCUUUGUCGUUGUUUUUAUCCUCGUUUCUAAAAAAAAAAAUAGAAAUAUCACGAUAGAAAAGGGCAGAGAUCGGAGCAAAAGUCAAGACCGCGAAAGAAUGCUGGUGAAAGUGGGCGACACAGAGAAGAUGAUCGCGGUGGGCCUGGUAUGGGGCGCCACCAACGCCUUGAUGCGCCGCGGCGCAGUCCUCUGGGACCGAGCCCUAAGGCUCAGCCCAUCAUCAUCCCGACCGGACCCGACCCGGGGCCCAAUGGGCCGGAUCGCCUCCUCCAUUAACAAGUGGUUAAAGCUCCUGUGGAUCUGGCAGUACACGAUCCCGUUCCUGAUAAACCUAUCGGCGUCCGCGACAUUCUUCGCCAUCCUCGGCCACGUGCCGAUCUCAAGGGCCGUGCCGGUCACCAACGCCACCACGUUCGCCGCCACCGCCGUCUUCGGCGUCCUCCUCGGGGAACGCACCCACCUGGGCUACGCUUUCGUCGGUACACUCUUGAUUGUGCUCGGCGUUUCGCUUUGUAUUUCGUAGCCUCCUCUUUGUAAAGGAAAUCUCUCCCUUGA